AUGAAAAAUAAUGGCACAAAUUCAAGUGAUCUUCAAACAAUGAUGAAUUUCAAUGAAGACUCAGUCCCCGAAGACAAACAUGUGUGGUUUCAUACUCUGAAAAAGUUAUCUCUAUCUGUUUUGAUUUGUCUGAUCAUUCUGCCGAGCGUAUUUAUUCUUAUUGGAUUGAUUUAUAAAGAUUCAUGUCUCGCCAAGCCCGAUCUACCGAUAUUCUUAAUCUCAUUUGGCCUUCUAAUAUUGAUUAAUCUUUCUAUUUAUACUCUUAUUGGGACAACAUUUCUUGCUUCUAUACGUUACGUUCGUUCGUUUUCAUUGAAGGUAAACGUUCGUUAUUCAAUCGGACUAGUUCUAUCAUGGACUUUUGCGAGUGUGAUAUUCGUUUGGUGGAUUAUUGGAACUGUUUGGUGGAUAAAACUAGCAUUGAAUAUUCGUGCAGAAUUAAAACGUCCUUCUUCUUUAGCCUUGUGUCAUCCGUUUGUCUAUUGGACAGGUUUAAUCGCAAAUAUCUAUGGGUUAAUCGGCUUUCUGACUCAAAUUUGCAUUGCAAUUGGUCAUAUUAUGACAGCAAGUAAAUAG